AUUUCCAGCAGCGUUCUACGUCACCGCGCAUGGGCGUGACUGAAAACUAUGAACGAACUUGUUCGUAGUUGAUCAUUGCUGCACGAUGUUGGGCAUUACGACUCUUUCCUUUCUCAGUAUAGCAGGUUUAGUUUCAGCAGUGGUCCGGCAUGCCCGCUACGAGGGGGUUAGCUGUCUGCUCCCUUGCUGGAGCAGGCGGCGGGACGUGGACGUGGAGUGGAUGCUGCAGACCAGCCAGGGGGAGACGGUGGUGCACGUCAAGGGCGACGGUCACGACCACCUGUUGAAGCAGUACCCGGCCUUCAAGGGCAGAACCUCCCUGGAUGUGGAACAGAUGAAGGGCGGCAACAUGUCGCUGGUGCUGCGUGACGCGAGGAAGUCGGAUGAGGGGAGCUACAUCUUUUACGUUCAUCCUGGCAAACACAGAGCAUCCGAAGUUCAGCUGCUCGUGGUGCCAACCAAUCACUCCACCCCACUGGCUGAUGAACACUUUGCCCAGCUGUCCCCUCUCGAGGUCUCCAUCGAGGGCCACGGCAGAGGAGGUGUUGGGGUGCUUCUCCAGUGUGUGUCUGGAGGCUGGCCUGCAGAACCUGAGCUGGAGUGGUGGGACGGUGAGGGGCGCUUCCUCCCUGCUGAUGUCACACAGACAGGCACCCUGAGCCCAGCCCUCACCGACGCUACACUGCGAGAAGCAACGUGACUGUACAGAAGACAGACUCCAACAUGUUCACCUGCAGGGUUCAGCUGCAGGGACACAUGAGAAGCAAAGAUAGACGUGUUCCUGGUAAGAGUUUGGGUGACUGAGUUUUCUCCUGACAAAUUAUCAGUGAAGACACAUACAUUAAAAGCACGUUAUUAUAAUUGUUAAAAAAAAGUGUUUUAGUCCUUCAGGCCUGAGAUUCUAAUCAGACAUGUAACAUGUGUCUUUCCUGGUGAUUUGAAAAUGUGUUUUAUGUCACAGAAGCUAGAAUUGAGGACAACUUCCCAGGUCUCUAGUGAUGACCCAUUGGAUUAAUGCAGUGCGGAAUUCUAUAUCCUUUCUGAUGCAGUUGAAAUAUUUCCUGUGAGACCCAAAGAUUGUCCUGUCACCGUAGUUGGAGCAGCAGUGCUCUUCCUAUGCGUUGGUGUUGUCCUAGCAGGUCUAGCAGUGUGGAUAAAGUACAGGAAGCUGAUUGCAGCCGGGGAGAAGUACUAUGCAUAGCCAAGUAAAGACAUAUCAAAUAUAGAAAUACAAGCAUUCCUGUCAUGUCAGCAGGGUGCGGGGGCAGGGCUCCCCCCUAACACUUGAACAGGAGCUUAUUACUUGAAAGAGGAAUUAUUUACUGUGCCGUCUCAGUUACACUAUCAGGGCUUAGUGUGUGUAUGUAUAGA